GGCGAUGGAUUGCGUGUAAGGGACCGUCAAGACGAACACGUACUUGCGCAAAAAAAAAAAAACGCAACGCAGGUAACAAAGGUGUCUCGAGACGCGCUUUUAAAGUCUACGUUCAUUUUUAAUCAGAUACGUCUUCUAAACACGCGGCGCUCCAGCGCGAGACGUCGAAAACAAAGCUGGACGCGGCACAACGGUCAAAGACUUUUGGACACAAAAACAUCCUUGGUGUGAACGGCCCCUUAAUGGGGGUCUUCCAAACGCGUUCAGUGUUUGUUUAGUCCAAAUAGCCCCUCCCACAGAGUGACGCCGCUGCUAACAGUGAAAACGUGCGGACGACGAUCCGUUCCAUCAGUCUUCGUAUAUUUGAACCUUUUUGUCGGGGAUUUUUCACAUUUCGCCCCUCAAGACUGCUUGUGCAGACAAACACAGUGAUGGAUGACCUUCAAGACGUUCAGCUGACCGAGAUCAAACCCCUGCUGACCUACAGAAACUCUCAGAAUUUUCAAGACUUUGACUGUCAGGAGCAUGACAUUGAGACACCCCACGGCGUACUCCAUGUAACCAUGAGAGGCAGAACAAAAGGCAACCGUCCCGUCAUUCUGACCUACCAUGACAUUGGCCUCAACCACAAGUCCUGCUUCAACACACUGUUUAACUUUGAGGAUAUGAUGGAGAUCACUCAGCAUUUUGCAGUUAUGCAUGUGGACGCCCCUGGCCAACAGGAGGCCGCACCCCCCUUUCCCACAGGGUACCAGUACCCCACCAUGGAUGAGCUGGCAGAGAUGUUACCCUCAGUGCUGACUCAGCUUAAGGUGAACAGUGUGAUUGGGAUUGGUGUGGGAGCAGGAGCCUACAUCUUAAGCUGCUUUGCCCUGAUUCAUCCAUCUAUGGUGGAGGCGCUGGUUUUGAUUAACGUGGACCCCUGCGCUGAGGGCUGGAUUGACUGGGCUGCUUCUAAGCUCACUGGGUGGACCAGUAAUCUCGUGGACACUGUGAUGGCUCAUCACUUCAGCACUGAGGAGUUGACUGAAAACCUAGAACUGAUACAGACAUACCGUCUGCACAUUGCUCAGGAUAUCAAUCAGGACAACCUGGCCCUCUUCUGUGGCUCAUACAAUGCGCGUCAUGACCUCGGAAUUGAGAGGCCAGUUGUCGGUCUCAAUGAGAAUACUGUGAACACGCUUACAUGCUCUGCUCUGCUGGUUGUUGGAGAUACGUCCCCUGCUGUAGAGGCUGUGGUUGAAUGCAACUCUAGGUUAAAUCCAGUCAAGACUACUCUGCUGAAGAUGGCUGACUGUGGUGGCUUGCCUCAGGUUGUUCAGCCUGGAAAGCUGGCUGAAGCCUUCAAAUACUUUGUGCAAGGAAUGGGAUACAUUCCUCAUGUUUUGCUCAGCCAUCUGAGUUUUGAAUCAGUACCUGCGGCCGGCAUGACCCGCCUGUCUCGAUCCCGAUCCUCAUCCUCCAGCAUCACAUCCUCGGAUGGCUCACGCAACCGCAACCUAAACAGCCCUCUGGACGGGCCCAACUGUGGAGCCCUGGACAACCAGGCCAGGCCACAAACCAUGGAGGUCUCCUGCUAAAAAGACACCGCCGCUCCUCUCCUCUCCCCGGGGCUCCGGGAGAAUCUGUCUGCUGUCCUUUCACCCCUCACCUCCUGUUAUUUGUGUCCUAGAUUCCCAUGUUUCUAAAGCCUUUAAUAGUGAGGCAGGGGAGGCUCAAAUGUAUGAUAUACUGAAGGUAUGCAUAAUGAACAUAUACAGAGGACACUAUACGCUAGAUACAUUAUCAGUCAUAAAAGCAGAAAAAAUGAAAGACUAAUAUUUCAUUACACUGUUCUUCUACCCCCAAUUUUUCUUUGUUAGUGGUCCAUUUUAACAUUCCCUCCUUUUUUUAUUGUUUAAGUAAAAAGGAUCCGUUUUUUGAACCUCCCCUAAUUAAAGGGAUAGCCCUCAUUGAAACAAAACCUUUAUCACAUUCUUUAUUUGGUGAAACAAAAUGUUCAAUCUCAGUCACGAUUUACUUGUAUUGUAUGGAGAGAAAAAAGGUGAAGGUGAAUGGUGACUGAGACUAAACAUUCUGCCAAAAAUCUCCUUUUAUGUUCCAAGGAAGCCAGAAAAUCAUACCAGCUUGGAACAACAUGAGGACGAGUAAAUGAUGACAGAAUUGUCAUUUUUGGGUGAACUAUCCCAUUUAAAGGAAAAUACACACAUUAAAAAAUGUAUGUUUUAUGGUGAGAACUGUGAGCUUUCCUGUGCCCUUAUCUUGCUACACUGCGAUAUUUUUUCAUUUGUUGUCCUCACGCUCUUUGUUUUACUGUUACAAAUAAAUCGGCUGUCGUGUUCUGUUGUUGAAUCCACUUUAAUGUGAUUCCAUGAAUGUAAUGAAUGUUUAAGAACUGACCUUUGUUGUGUUUUUAUUACUUCACUGGCUUGCAUUAAAAGAUUAAUAUUACCUCUCUCAGCUAUUAGAAGAUAAGAAUAAUCUUGUGUAGACUUCAGAUCACUCAUCAGGCUAAACAAGUGGAAUAUCAUUCAUUUUUUUAUCUUUAUUAUUUGUGUUUUUAACAUUUACAAUAGGCUGUCACUUUUUAAAUAUGCAAAGCAACAGUAGCAAAGACUUAGUGUCAUAUAAAAUCAUGUUUUUCUUUUGUACAUUUGACAAGAUCGCUCACUAUUAGUUUUUUAGACAGAAUUAUUCCUAAUGAAACUAUAUAUAGAUGUACACAUGGAAUGACAGCUUUAUGGACAUGAAUGUAAGUAUGAAAGUUUGUCUGAUGAAGUUACUGUCCAUUGAUUCUCAAUUACUAAAUAAAGUUACAGUAUAUCACAGAAACUGGCACAAGGUGUCUCAAGCAUUUU